GUCUUAACAGUCGUAAAGCAAUAAAAUAAUAUGAAACCUUUAACUUUUUUUUAUCAAAUAGAAUAGAUCCUACUUGCUUCCAAUCCAUAAAAUUUAUGUUAAUCGAUUAUCAGUUUUGUAUAUUAUAGAGGAAAAACUUUUAUAUUGUGUUUAUGAUUACAGUUAUAUGAUAAUCUGUUUCGAUAUAAAUACCAUUACUUGUAUCGAUUGACUACACUAAUCAGACAAAAUUGACAAUAUGCGCAUCUUCGCUUUGGUCGCUCUGUGUAUUGCAGCCGCCACAGCGGUUCCCUACAACCCCCAUAGGCGUAUAGAUGGUACGAGUGCCAGUAUCACCCAAUACCCCAGCCUCGUCUCUCUACUUUACGCAUACGAAUGGAGUGUGUAUGUCCAAGAAUGCGCAGGAGUUAUUAUAAACCAUCGUUCCAUCCUCACUGCUGCUCAUUGUCCUUACUUUGACGCAGUCCCAAAAUGGCGAAUCCGUUUUGGUUCCUCCUGGCCAAGCAGUGGUGGUCACGUACAUGGUGUGAAUGGAAUAAUUAUUCACCCAUAUUAUCGACCAAGAUUUUUGGAACAUGACAUCGCUAUCCUACGCUCUGCUACCGAUAUACACUUUGAUGACUUUGCUCGUCCUGCUGUGCUUGCAACUGCUGGUUACGUUGUACCAGACAACGCUCCUCUCUGGGUAGCUGGAUGGGGUGCACAUAGCUAUGGUGCACUGUCGGGAUCUGAGCAGCUUCGUCACAUUCAAGUUCAAAAAAUUAACGACUUGAAUUGCAGAAACAGAUACGCCUUCCGUAAGAUACCCGUCACAGCCAACAUGAUAUGCUCCGGUUGGGCGUCUGGUGGCCGUGACCAGUGCCAGGGUGACUCUGGUGGCCCUCUUUACCACAAUAAUAUCGUUGUUGGUAUCUGGUCUUUUGGUUUUGAAUGCAGCAGCGCAAGUGACUUCCCCAGUGUUAACAGCAACGUUGCUCGCUACAGCGGUUGGAUUUUGUCUAAUGCAUAAGAGAAAGAGAGUAUUCAAGCGAAGAAUAAAGGAAAUGAUGAUUAAAAUUGAUAUACUAUUUUGUGUUAACUUUUUUUUUACUUUAACUUUUAAAGAGUAUAGUGGCUUGCUUUUUUCGGUUUAAUAAAUAAGAAGAUUUAAGCUUUUUUAUGGUAAAAACCUCGACCAAGCAACUCAAACAUACAUUUCAUUAUAAACUAAUUUUAAAGCUCAAUUUUUAUUUAAAAAUACACGUUCAGAUACGGGUCAACUAGUUAUUGCUCAUCUUGUUUACUAUGAACAAAUAAUAAAAUUGCGGAACUUAUCAAAAACAAAAAAAU